GCCCCGGCCCAUGCCCCCGGGGGGAAGGGGGGCUGCAGCAGCCCGGCGAGCCGCCCACCCGCGCAGCGGGGGCAUCGCCCCCACUCGCCGCUCCUGGGAGGGCGGAAAGGAGGCAGCGGCGGCGGCGGCGGCGCCGGCAUUGUGCGCGGCGGAUCGCAGGCCCCGGCGGCGCGGGGCUCGCCUGCCUCCCGCCCCAGCCUCAUGAACCAGCCGGACGGCUCCGCUGCGGCGGCGGCGACGGGAGCGCAGGCCGAGGAGAGCAACAGCAGUGGGCGGAGGAGCUCUUCCAGCAGGGAGUGUUUGAAGAGGAGCCCACGGAGCCCGAAGGCAGAGGGCUCCGAUUCGGUGACAUCUCAGUCCUCACCCAGCGAAGAGGCUGGAAUGAUGACUGAGGUGAAAGUGAAAACAGAGGUACCAGAUGACUAUAUUGAAGAGGUGAUCUGGCAGGAUGACACCAAAGAUUCCAAGAAGAACAUAAAGGACGGUCCAGGAGACGUGCCCGCGGAGAUCUGCGUGGUCAUAGGGGGGGUCCGCAACCAGCAGACGCUCGGGUCUUACGAGUGUGGAAUAUGUGGGAAGAAGUACAAGUAUUACAACUGCUUCCAGACCCAUGUGCGAGCACACAGAGACACUGAAGCUGCCUCAGGUGAAGGAGCCUCACAAGGCAGUGCCCCUCUGGCUGUGGAAAGGGAGAAGAAGCCUCUCUCCAGAGCUGUCUUUGUGCUGCCCUGGAUGGAAUCCACAGAAACAAACAAUUUUAGGUACACGUGUGACAUUUGUGGGAAAAAAUAUAAAUAUUAUAGCUGCUUCCAAGAGCACAGAGACCUACAUGCUGUGGAUGACCCCUAUGACCAGGCUGUCAUAGCAGCAGAAGAAGUGAAGGAGGAGGAGCCAGAACCCUUCCAGAAGAUUGGCCCAAAAACUGGCAAUUACACCUGUGAAUUCUGUGGCAAGCAGUACAAGUACUACACUCCCUACCAAGAACAUGUGGCACUGCAUGCACCUAUUAAGUUCUCUCGAUCUCCACUCUUCGUGGCAGUGAAGACACAGGCGAGCCAGUCCAGCAAAAAGUCGCCGGCGUCCAUAACGCGCUGCUCCGGCCUCCUGCACCGCUCCCCGUCCGGCCUCCCGCCCGCCUCCCAGCCACAGAUGUUCCGUGCUCCCAACUCCGGAUCCCCAGGAAGCAAGGCCAUCACAGCAGAAAGUGCUUUCAGCAGGAGAGUGGAAGGCAAAGUGCAAAACAACUUUGAAGAAACAAACAGCAAUUCUCAAAACUCCAGUGCUGUUCACUCGGGGACAGAAAAACCUAAAGAAAAGAGGUGUAAGCAGAACCCAUCAGAGCCUUACACGUGUGGAGCUUGUGGAAUCCAGUUCCAGUUUUAUAACAAUCUCCUGGAGCACAUGCAGUCCCAUGCAGCUGACAACGAGAACAAUAUUGCCUCUAGCCAGCCCAGAUCACCUCUAGCUGUUGUUGAAGAGAAGUGGAAACCACAGCUCCAAAGAAAUAACGCCAACAAUACGUCAGCGAGCGGCUCGGUGGGGAACAGCGCCAUCCCGGAGAAGGAGCGGCAGAACAUCGCCGAGAGGCUCCUGAGGGUGAUGUGCACUGACCUGGGCGCUCUGAGCGUGGUGAGCGGGAAGGAGUUCAUCAAGCUGGCGCAGACCCUGGUGGACAGCGGAGCUCGUUACGGCGCCUUCUCCGUCACCGAAAUCCUGGGCAACUUCAACACGCUGGCUCUGAAGCACCUGCCUCGGAUGUACAACCAAGUGAAGGUGAAAGUCACCUGCGCCCUGGGCAGCAACGCCUGCCUCGGCAUCGGCGUCACCUGCCACUCGCAGAGCGUCGGCCCCGACUCCUGCUACAUCCUCACGGCUUACCAGGUGGAAGGCAACCACAUCAAGAGCUACGUGCUGGGAAUUAAGGGCGUAGACAUCCGAGACAACGGCGACUUCAUCCACCACUGGGUGCAGAACGUGCUGUCGGAGUUCGUCAUGUCGGAGAUCAGGACGGUGUACGUGACGGACUGCAAGGUGAACUCCUCGGCCUUCUCCAAGGCAGGCAUGUGCUUGCGUUGUUCAGCCUGUGCCUUGAACUCCGUCGUGCAGAGCGUGCUGAACAAGCGGACGCUGCAGGCUCGCAACAUGCACGAGGUCAUCGAGCUCCUCAACGUCUGCGAAGACCUGGCGGGAUCCACGGGCCUCUCGAAGGAGACCUUUGGCUCCCUGGAAGAAACCUCCCCCCCUCCCUGCUGGAACUCGGUCACUGACUCCCUCUUGCUCGUCCACGAGCGUUACGAGCAGAUCUGCGAGUUCUACAGCAGGGCCAAGAAGAUGAACCUCAUCCAGAACCUGAACAAACACCUGCUCAGCAACCUGGCUGCCAUCCUGGCUCCGGUGAAGCAGGCGGUGAUCGAGCUGAGCAACGAGAGCAGACCCACCUUGCAGCUGGUGCUGCCCACCUACGUCAAACUGGAGAAGCUCUUCACUUCCAAAGCCAACGACGCCGGCGCCGUCAGCAAACUCUGCCACCUCUUCCUGGAGGCGCUCAAGGAGAACUUCAAGGUCCAUUCUGCGCACAAGGUGGCCAUGAUCUUAGACCCUCAGCAGAAGCUGCGGCCCGUCCCGCCGUACCAGCACGAGGAGAUCAUCGGCAAGGUCUGCGAGUUGAUCAACGAGGUCAAAGAAUCCUGGGCCGAAGAAACGGAGUUUGAACCUUCAACCAAGAAGCCUCGGGCGGCAGGGGAAGCCACAGCAGCUCAGGAAGAAGAUUGGUUCGGGAAGAAUGAAGUGUAUGAUUACUUACAGGAACCUCUCUUCCAGGCCACCCCUGACCUGUUUCAGUACUGGUCGUGUGUUACCCAAAAGCACACGAAACUAGCCAAGCUGGCCUUUUGGCUCUUAGCAGUGCCUGCUGUCGGUGCCAGAAGCGAGUGUGUAAAUAUGUGUGAGCAGGCUCUCUUGAUCAAAAGGAGACGGCUGCUCAGUCCAGAAGACAUGAACAAACUCAUGUUUUUGAAGUCCAACAUGCUUUAAGACUUUGAAUUAAAACAAAAACACUUUUAAAAACACUGUUCCAAACAAAGAGAAAGAAUUUUAAGUUCUAAACACUGUGGACCUCACGAUGAAUGCCCCUGGAAACCAAGUGCUUUUUUAUAUAUAUAUAUAUAUAAAAAUAUAAAUAUAUAUAAAGUUAAGUUUGAGAGGAGAGCUGAGCACGUGAGAGAGAGACAGCCCUCAGCCAGGAGCGUGCUCCUCGCCACACGGCGCGUGUGGACUUGACGGACUUCCUAAUGUUUUCAAGUGGGCAGACGAAUGGGAGGCUCGAUGUUCUAAAGUCUUCAGGCAGCUGAGAUCUAAAAGUGACUUGAAGUUUCUUUUGUUUCUCCUCCAUCCCAACCUCUCCUCUUGUCCCUCUCCCCCUCCCCGGGCCGUCUUGCCGUGGAUAAUCAGACUACGUUGAACAGACCAGUUCUGCACUGGACUUUGCUCCUUUGAAUAACUCGACACCUUGAGGGCGUUUGUCUGCAGCCUUCUCGCCACACGGUGCGUGUUGCCGGGGCAGCUGUGUUUCAGCAACACCAGUACCUUUAGAAAUCAGGGAGGGAGGCUUGAAGGGUUUGUCUCAUUUUAUUUUCAGCCUUUUCCUAUACCUUUUUGUUUUCCUCCCCUUCCAAAAUAACCCAAAAGUUCCUCUUCUGUCUCCACUCCCAGCUGGGAGUCGUAACGUUUUAGCCAGUGACGAGGAGCUUGAUUUCAAGCCAAGAGACGUGGUUCCUGGCAGGAGAUGUCUGUCAUUGGGAAUGUCUCUUGGAUUCGUUUCUCUACAGCAUCACUUCUGUGAAUUCCCACUGUUAAUUAGCUCCUCUGUGGAUUUGGUACCUGGGGGGUUCUCGAGCUUCGUUCUAGAGCAGCCCAUUGAUUGAAUCAGAUCCCGAUGGGAAGCACAGCAGUCGCUGGUGUGGGAAAGCUAAAUGCAGGCAAAGCAAGCACAGGUGGCUGUGGGCCAGGGGUGAGCCUGCCAGGGCCCACCAGCUGCCUUUGAGAACCCUUGUACCUAAACUUCUUGUAAAAAAAGACACACACACACUGAAAGAACGUUGACGAGGCCAAGGACAAACCAAGGUGUAUGAUUUUUCAGGGGAACAAAGAUCAUCAGUUUCGUCAAACUGGGGUUUGAAGGAGGCUUAGAGAAGUGCAUGGGCUCAAAGAUCCUUCUGAAUGUAAGUGCUCCUGAUUGAGUGCAAAGAAUGAUCUCCCUGUUUUGUUUGGAAUGGUUUCCUCUAGUAGCACGAAUGUCUUUUUGAUACCUACAGUGCAUUACACUACUUGUUACCUUGCUGAAUCCUUCAGGCUGGGAAGGCCACGGGCCCUUUAAAUGUUCACUUACUGGCUCACCCCAAAUGCAAUUAGAGAUCAUCACCAUGCAAAUCAAACCCAUCCCAGUCACUCUGUGUCCAGCACAGCCGGGGCUCUGCUGUGGCCAGUGCCUGGAGGCACAGAGCGUGGGCUGCUGGAGGGCUCCUCUGCAGCCUCUCGGCUUUGGGGCCUCUUGGGGUGGUUCCCAACUUCUGGUGCCAAACUGUUUGUUUUCCAUCACUUGGGACUUGCAUCCCAGAGGCAAAUCAAAGCCAGUUCUUUCUGAAGGAGUCUUUCCUUGCUUCCAGCAGCGUGCUCUGGAGCUGCAGAGACAGGCUCAGCCCCGAGCAGGCAGGCUGCAGCCUGGAGCCCUUCCCCAGCCCAGGGCUGGUUUCUGGUUGCUGACAAUGCAGUGGUGAGAAUGGGGCCCUCUUUGGAAGUGCUGCUGUUGAUUAAACCAAGAUCCCACCUUCCCAUCUCUGCUUGUUAAUAAGACAUGAGAAAUGGCAAACUCGACCUCUCAGGCUUUGUGUGCGGAUGCCUUGAACCUGACAGACACUAACUGACAGCUUUGCUGCCACGGGGCUCGGGCAGGGGAACGGUUUGUGUGCCAGAGACCUUCCCAAGGUCAGGCUCCCUGAGGACAGCUCUUUGCACCCAGGUGUCUUGCCCUUUCCAGCCUGGAAACAGGACCUACUGUUAGCUUUAGCGUUCGCGUUGACCUCUCGGCACUGUUACUGGCGUCAGGGCUAAACUGGGAUCUCCUCAAUGUCAGGUUUGCAUCUGGACUUCUGUAACAGAGGCAGCACCUGCACUGGGGACUGCAGGGGCAGCAGCAGCUGAAGGUGAGCUGCUGAGGAUGUCUGUCUUCUGUGGCAGUGGCUGUUGCAAAUGGAGGUGUCUGUCCUAGGGCCAGCUUUUCCUCUUGCUGGUUUUGUUCUUCUCCUGUACAAGUCCUGCCUGCCCAGUCCAGCUGGGCCCAUGGUGACACAUCUGCUUGCACUUGGCAGUGCAGGAGAAACCUCUUACAACCAACCAAUGGGUCUCAAACUACAAACAAAAACCUAAGUGAGGUGUGUGGCCAAUUACAGAGCCUUUGUGCUGCUGUUCCUGCUGAAAAGCACAAGGUGUCCUGCAGCAGGAAAACUCAGCUGGAGGUGGUGAAUCCAAAGCAAGGUCAGCUUUUGAGGCUGCAGGGGGUGCACCAUGGAGCUCAUGGGUGGAACUGGAGACAGGAUUGGUAGUUUUCUCCUGAUGGGACAUGACACCUUUCUGCUGGGUCCACCUGAGAGCCUCUCUGAUGCUCAGGCCUCUGUGCAAAACCUUUGCAUUCCUUUGCCAAGGACAGGCAGGUAACUUGUGUGAGAUGUGCCAGCUCAGGCUCCUCGUGUUGUCUGUCUGGGAGGCAUCAAGGGUGGCAAAAUGGACAGAGCACGGGCUGGAAGCCCUGGAAUUGAGCAUGAGGUAAAUUUGCAGUCAGUUGUGCAAAGGUUUGAUGCCAGGCUGUGCUCAGCUGUGAGCUGGACCAGGGCAUGCAGACAGAAAGGCCACAGCCAUCCUUGACUCCCAGCCCACCUCCCCUUCUCCUUUUUACAGUGUGGUUUUGGCAUCAGAUCUGGAGCUUUCUUGCUGUGACAACCAAAGAGAGGGAUUGACUGGCCCUCUCCCUGUCCAAGUAACUGUCCCCUCCAAGGCAACUUGGGUUAUAGUUGCACUAAUGUUGGAUGUUAAGCAAACAGAGUGAUAUCUGGUAGGUGAGAUUCUCCCAAAGACUUAAAGCCACAGUUUAGCAGCUGAUAAAGCAAGUUUAACCUAAAGCCCUAAACCAGAGCAGGCUGGGAAGUGGUGGGGAGGAGGAGCUGGUUGGGCAGCUGCCUUCUCCAGUGACUCAGGGGAAGAAGCUGCAGCUUUUCAUGAGCCUCCAGCGUGGUUACAGGGUGUUGAGUUCCUGCUGUGUGUGCUCCCAGGCUGACUUCUGUCUGAGAACGCUUCCCUGAAGAGAGAAGCACAUCUGGGCCACACGUGUUUACCCUCAGUGCCAAGCUUUUGCUCCUGUUUCUCCUUCCCUCCCUCUCCCAGACUUGGCUUUGCAUUUUAGGAAGCCACAGGUGUUUUCCCAAGGUCUGAAUUUUGGUUCCACCAACCCAGACUUUGCUGUGGUUCUGCUCCCUGACUGGCUCAGUGUGUGGAGCAGCACUUGUGCAGUGCCAGCCCUGGGCUGGGACAUGGCACAGGACAGGUUCUCUUAGUUUGGCCAUUGAGCUUCUGCUCCCUUGAGCUGGGAGAAAUCCUCAGGAUUGGGGUCACCCUCUGGUAGGUUGUGCUGGGAAUCUGCCUUCUGCUCUUUACUGUCACUUGAGGAAUGUGUUGGGAUACAGAAGUGGGGUGUGUGUGUUCCCCAGGCCCUUGCUUGCUCUGUGCCUGACCCUGCAGGCCUCUCACAGUUUGCUUUGGGAGAGCUGAGGAGCAGCACUAACAAAGGCUCUUCCAGUCCUGCUCUGAAGAUCCUCAUUACUAGCAAACUGAGCAAGUGGGGUGCAGAGGCAGAGCUCUUCAAGGGAGAAGGUUGUUCCUGUGUGAGUAGAGCAGCCAGAGGGGCAGUGAGGUUCAUGGAGCCCAGCUCUGCCUCCUGUGUGUCUCCUCCCCAGGUCUGGAGCUGCAGGCAGGGCUUGGGUGCUGCUUUGCACCAGGAGCUCGGGGCCUUGGCCCUGAGUUGGGUUCAGGUGGAAGUAAACUUCCCUUUCUGUCAACACUGUGUGUCUGUUGUGAGAAAACUGAUGUGGUUGUGUCUGAACUAGUGCAAUCUGGAAAAAACUUUCUGUGAAAGCCGACUACUGUGGGCUCAGGUUUUGUCUUAAUUCAGUUGCUGUUAAUUGCUGAUUAAACCAGUUUAACUCUGAGAUAAAUUGGUUUAAGCCUCUACAUGAACCACCUGCACUGGUUUAACUGCACUUGCUGGGUGUUUUUCCGCCCCCCCUGCUGAUACAUCCAGGAGCAGCUCAGGGAGUCCUGACCCUUAUGUGAAUCUGGAAAUGAAGUUGUGGCAGAUCCUGUCAGAGCCUGGGACAGGGGUGAGACACUUGUGAACGUUGCUUGAGCUCUCAGUUGGGGUGUUGAGUUACCACAGUGUUCAGUGAGAGCUCUCAGGUGGGUGGGUUUUUGUCCAACUGCUGCAAUAACCUGGAAGGUUUAGCCUGAGAAGAAACUACCAGUAAUGUUCCUAAUGUGUCUGCUCAGCCUUACCCAGCCCCAGGGACCAUUUCCAACCUCUGGGUCCUUCCCAGGACAUGGUGAUGCACAGGAGCAGAGUGGCUGAGACAUUGUGCUACUGGGAGGCUGCUGUGUGUGUGUGUGUGUGUGUGGCAGCACCAAGUUACUGAUGAAUCAAAAGGCAGUGAAAGAGCAGCCAGGAGGUUCCUGAGAGGCUGAGAGUGCUGCUGGGGAAAGACUCAGAUCUCUAAUUGCAUCUCCCUGGCUGAAGGACGUGGAGAGGGGCUGCUGUGAGCAUUCAGAGGGAGCACACACAGGAAGGGAGAAGUUCCCUGUGGAAUAAUUUGCAGUAAUGGGAGGAAAAUGAAUGAAAAGACACUAAAGGCAGAUUCUGGGGAACCUUUCCAGGGAGGAGGGAUCUGUUCAGCAGGGAGGGGUCUGGCACAGGAGUGAGUUUUGAGCCAUGUCAUUCAAAACAAGGCUGUAAAGCUACACAGAGCACUGUGUGUAAGUAAAGCUGCUUUGGACCUCUCCAAGAGAGAAGGGACUGUGUGUAGGGGUGGGAAGUGCCAGUCCUACCCAGUAGGUCCAGGAGAGUUCCCAGAGCAUCUUCCUCAGCAUCCUCCCACCCGCCACCAGCACCAAACCCUUCCCAGCACUCCAGGAUAGCCCUGAACCCAGGUCCUGAAGGGAAAGGGAGCAGAGGGGGCAGAGGAGGGGACACCCUGACACUGCCACAGUGCAGGAGUCAAGGUGUGGGAGAGCAUUAAAUGUUUUGCUGCUUCUGCUGUGCGUUUUCUGUGCUACACCAUCACCCUGAGUCCGUGGGACCCGUUGGGAAUGCCCCGAGACACCACCUCUGUCAGCUGCACCUGAAGGUGUCUGUCCAUAGCAAUAAGAACUCCCUUUUUACAGCUCAGGGGCCCCAUCCCCGUGCCACAUCAUCUCCUGGGGCUUCUGGAAUCCUCACUGAACAAAAGGAUCACGUAGAGAGAGGUAAAACCCGUGCCCAGCUGCGAGUGGGGCGCCUCGGUGGGACGUGGGACCGUGUGCUCGUGCUAGGCCAGAAAUGGUAAACCAAUGAGUGUAUUGCCCUGAAAUGUCAUGUUCUGUAGGGAAUGGUUGGGGGCUUCUGUUCAGCUUUUGGGUUUGGUUUGACUGGGUUAGUUGGAAUUUUUACUGCUCCUGUUGAGUCCUGUGUUUUACAGCCUGAGGGGAAGGUUUUGCUCACGUUACACGAUGCUGGAUCAUCCAGGAGCCCUGCUGAGGGUUUCAUGGGCUGUAGCUUCAGUUGGAGUUUUUAGAACAGCUUCUGAACUGAGUCACACCAAUUGCUCCUGACUGAGAGGAUUUUCUUCCUUCCUUCCCAUUGUUGUAGCAUCGCUGAGAGCCCGGCUCGGCCCCUGGGCUGUGGGCUGGGGGGUUGUUGGGCACAGCCACGUCAAACUCCGGCUUCUUUACAACCAAAGUUCCUGGAAAAAGACAUUUCCAGCCUCAUCAGCCUUGAAGGCUGCUUUGCAGUCUUCUGGGGGUCCUUGUGGUGGUCUCUGUGAUGUCUCUGGAUUACUUUUUCCCCCGGGGGGGGUGGGAGGGGAGGAUUUUAUGGAGGGUUUUACUUUUCUUGCCAUCUUUGGAGAAGGACCUUUCCACUCCAGCACAGACACACGUGCUGUGGGGGGAGCAGCAGCCUUGGGAGCUGCUUGCCAUGGUCCCUUUAAGGCUCUUGGGACUUGGAAUUGUUUCAUUAAGUUAUUUAAAAGGAAAACUGGUACCAGAGGAACUGGAACACCAAUGAGAGGAACUGAAACACCAAUGAGAGGAACUGAAACACUGCUGAGAGGAGCCAAAGCCAGGAGGAACAGGCACAGCCCAGGCUGAUGGGGUGGCUCCUGCUCCACACCCAACCAACCCCCCAGCAGCAGCAGCAGCAGCAGCAACAACCCUUGUUUGCAGCCAGUCUGAAACAAAGCAAGAGCAGCUGUUCCUCUCGGCUGUGUGUUUGUCUUCUGCAACCUCCCAUUGGGAGCCAAAUCCUUGUUUCAUCAAGCAAACAAUCCACCUUCUCCUCUCCCUCCUCACCUUCCCUUCCUCCCCCUCCCUCCCUCCUGUGCAUUCCCUCCCCUGCUGUAGCUGCAGAUGUUUUAGGCAAUACCACAGACACACUCCCCUGUGUGUGUCUCGCCCCUGGAGUGCAAGAAUCUCAUCGUCAUCCUAAAGACUGAUAAAAAACCCACAAAAAAGAAACAAAAAAAACCUAUAAAAAUAUACAAAAAAAAAAUAUCUUUUUUAGGCCAGAGUUUUCUACAGGUAUUAAUGAAUAUUUUUCUUAAUCCUUAUAAGUUUUAUGUGUUUAAUAUUUCUUAAUACCGGUAGCAUUAAUUUAUACUUUUGUAGCA